ACAGCCCUAUUAAGCAAAUAUCUCUCCUCGGUUGUCUACUGGUGCAACUGACAGCAGCAGGGCAAGUCAGGCUUGUCAACACGUCACCACGGUGUCUUCCCCAGUUUAUCUCCUCUCUUCAAACGGGACAGCUGACCAACUAGAAACUAUGGGAGAGGACUCGUUGCAUGCUGAGCGCAGCAGCAAUUCGAGCAGCAACCCCACCAGCCCCCAACCACAGCAACCAGUACAAGAACAACAACCCGAAAACAUGGAGCUUCUCAUCCCGAGUUUCAGCCCGAAUUCCGCCCCGUCGUCCCCGACCAACACACUCAGUCGGCUGGGCUUCAGAACUCCGACCAGCCCAAGUGCCGUUGCGCUGGGCAGCCCGGUGGACCGCGGACAGGUGAACGCCAUCACGGUGGUGGCGCUCCUGGACAAGUUGGUCAACAUGCUGGAGGCGGUGCAGGAGAACCAGCGGAGGAUGGAGCAGCGGCAGGUAGACCUGGAGGGAGCCGUGCGCGUCGUCCAGGGGGACGUGACCCGGCUGACCAAGACGCACAGCACCACCUCCAACAGCGUCAGCAAGCUGCUGGAGCGAUCGCGCAAAGUCAGCGGCAACAUGAAGGAGGUCAAGGAGCGCAUGGACAAGCAGGCGGCGCAGGUGAAGCGGCUGGAGGCCAACCACAACCACCUGCUGAAGCGGAACCAUUUCAAAGUGCUUAUCUUUCAGGAAGACAAUGAGAUCCCCACUACUGUAUUUGUGAAGGACUCCGUCAAGACCCCACAGCCCAGCCAGUUGGAUGCAGAAAUUCCCCAGUCUGCCCCUUCUGUCACAGGCUCUGCUGAUGCCAACCGAUGCCAGGAGGAAGGUCUCCAGACCAUCAGUCUGUCCUCAGAUGAGGAAGACUAUGCUGCAGGGCCCCACGAGGAGGAAGAAAUCCUUGAGGGUGAGGCCUCCCUGGAUCUGAGCACUGCCCGGCCCUUUGAGAGAUCCCGUGCUGAGAAGCUGAAGCGCUCCAGUUUGAAAAAGGUGGACAGCCUGAAAAAGGCUUUCUCACGCCAGAGCAUUGAGAAGAAGAUGAGCAAGAUCGGCACCAAGAUUGUGCCGCCAGAGCGCCGAGAGAAAAUCAAGAAGAGUCUCACUCCAAACCAUCCCAAGAGCCCAGCAGCUAAGAGCUCCUCCUUCAAGGUUUCUCCAAUGACCUUCAAUGUGAAGAAGGUCAGAGACGGAGAGGUCCCUGCACAGGAUGGGGGCUCACCAGGGGACGAGGCCCAUGUGGACAUCCCUCCUCUGGGAAGCUUUGAUAAAGAUCUCUCCUUAGCAGAAGUGCACACCCAGGAGGGCCCAGUGGAAGUGGAAAAGGAGAUAGUGACUCCCUCCACCCCAGAAAGCAUCAAGGAAGAGCUGGCAGUCAAUGGAGAAGUGGGAAGUGUUGAGUAUGACCUGACUAAUGAUCGCCCUGCCGGCUUGGCGGAGCCAGAGCAUGAUGAAGAUGAUGGGGAGGAGGAGGAGGAGGAGGAGGAGGAGUUAGUCGGCGAACACCAGGAAAGCUCUGCUGAGGUGGUGGCAGAUGUCCAGGUUCCUGCAGCAGUGAUUACUGUGGAACAAACAUCUUAAUUUCUAUUUGAUUUAGUGGAGCAUAGAUUCCUUUCCCCAUUUGUUUUUGUUUUUUUUUCUUCUCACUUUUUAUUGUUCAUCAAACUCCCAACAGCACAAAUUGCCCUCCUUUUUCAACGAGUCUUUGCAAGGCUCCUCAUCUUGUCUUUUUGUCACAUACUCACACAAAGGCGAAGUACUGCAUACUUCAGCUCAAAUAUCUGAGGUAGUCCAUCCUUGGGCAACUCUUUUUAUCACUGCCUUCAUCACCUCUGCAUCCUGAGUAACCUUGGUAUCUAUAGGCAACCAGUUUACCCAUUGAAGUUCAUCCGGGGCCCAGGUAGAAAUCCCAAGCACAUUUCAUCCAGUGCAGGUGCUCCUUAAACUAUCCAGUGGAACUGUCCAAGGAAAACAACAGUUCACCAAGGCACCAUAAUUCACUUCCAUCAGCUGGAACCCACCACCCCAAGAGCAGCACAUCUCCAGGGCGCUGAGCCAACAAUCUCCCUCCUAUUCUGUUUGUCUGUGUCUGGACCUCUCUUUCUAACUGACGAAUAGCCUCUUUGUUCUUUUUGUUUUUGUGAAAAAAUUGUAAAUCUUUGGCAUAGGUGUCACUGUCCACAGAUUAUGGAGGCAGUUUGUUGCCAGGUUAUCUGGAAGUUGGAAUGGGGCACUAUAUUACAGGUUUUUUAGAAGAAGGUUCCCAGAGUUGUUGUUGUUACAGUCUAGUGCUUAAGCAGUUGUUACAUAAUUAAUUUGGAUCUGAACAGCAUUAGAGCCAUCAUAGAAAACACACUAUGGUUAAAUUCCAUUACUGUCUCCUUUCCUUCACCUGCACUCAUCAAACUAUACAUUCGUUCCUGGCUGGGAUCAAAUACUGCACAUCAUUUGUGUAACCUACAAAGGCUUUUUCAUCGUCCUACUUUCAGCACCAGAUGAAGUGCAUUUAACAUUUAAAUGCAUUUAUUAGUGACUGACAACUGAAAAUGCAACAAUUAAUUUGUCACUCAUAUAUAAAAUAGAAUGAGUUGGCUUUCAAAUAGUCCAAGCCUUAAUUCUUUAGCGUGCGAGCAUGCACCAUCUGUGUUGUACUGUACACAGGUUAAAACAAGCACUAAGAAACUUUUGCAAUACUUUUUGAUCAAGGUUUGAGUUCAUUCACAUUGACACAAAUGAAGGUCAUUGGACGACAAAAUGCAAACAGCUCUAGUCAGAUAAAAAUAUGUUAGUCAUCGAAAGGUGCAUACAGGUUUGGAAACUGAUGUAGAAUUCCUUUAUUCAGCCAUUCCUCUGCAGGGCAUAUAUUUACAUUUACUAUGUGCAGGGAUGUCUUAACGGCUUUCAUUUUAAGGGGAGAACACUACUCAUUUAGUUUCUACUACUUAUCCAGCAUAAAAAUACUAACUUUAUUCAUAGCCGUCUAAAGUAUUUGUACUUUUAUGAAAGUUUGUAUCAAUAUUAUAAAUAAAGUUGAUUUUUUUCUUUUGGGGGGGGGGGUCACAAUAUAAUAAUAACUUGCUGUUUAUCCAUUUCCUUUCAGGCAUACCUGCUUUGCAUCAAAAAUGUUAACUGCACAAGAUAUUUUUAAGACAAAACACCCUAACACACACACACAUACACACAGGGAGGCACCCCCCACCUCUCAAAUACACAUGCAUCAGUGCCUUUAACAUACACAAACUUGCAUAAGUUCUGCAGUCCUGCAGGGAUGAAUUCCUGUGUUUUGGAGAUAAGGGUGGCAGUAAAAGACACCUUUAACUUCUUCUUUGAGUCUCCUCAUAGGCAUAACUGAGUGAGAGAUAAUGCUCUUCUCAGCUAUGCACCAGACCUCUGAGGGUUAUCUCUGGCUGCUGUUUAAUGAGCAGAAUGAGAGUGAGAAGUUUCAGCUUGAGGAGUGGAGUGAACCUUCACUGAGAGUCGACUCUGUAGUUUAAAGUCUGUACGUUUCUAUAAAGUGCCUUCUGACUUGUUCCUAUGCACUGCUGGCUUUAGGUAUAGUGUAGAUGUGCAAUGGUUUGUCAUGACUCUCUAAAUGAAAUUACGUAGUAAAUGAUACCAGUUGCCUUUGGCCCGAAUACAAGCGAGGAGGGGAUGAAAUGGAGCAAGGGAGAGCAUUCCUUGGCUUGAUGGAUGACUUCUGUGCAACCCAUUUUUCAGGGUCUACAAGGGGAAGAGGCGGCUCUUCGGAAUCACAAGUGUUUUGCCCCUGUAAAGGCUCCUGGGCCUGAGCUUGCAGGGGAAAUGGGGGUAAGAUAUGGGGUGGUGUGAGGGGUUGGGAAAAGAGUGGGGGAAAAGGGUGGACAAAAAUAUCACUUAUUUGUAGAGAAUGGUGGAGUUGGUUUGCUAAUGAGCCUUGAAAUAUGUGAGACGACGCAUAAGAGAUUUUGAAAUAUGAGAAUCUGGCGCAAAUAAGAUGAUGGGAACAGUGAGUUGUUGUUUUUUUUUGUGGACACGCUCAUAACAUACAAAUAGUUGACACUGAUAAGGGUAAUGUCCAUAUCUCCUUUAAAUAAUACCUGUUGGGCACUUUCUUCUGAUUCCAAAUAAGCAUCAUUAAAUUCCACUUUUCAUCCUCCACUACAAAAGGUGGAAUUAGAGUAUAGCCUAUACAGUGCUGUUAGAUAGUCAUAACGGUCCAGGCAAAGUAAUGAAUAGUCAUUAUGGAGAUCUGAUAAACAAAGGAAGAAUGCAAUGUAUGUGAUGUAACUGAACUAUUUUCUAUAGUGCUUGACAUUGGUGUGUGUAGCAUUGCAGAGAAGAUUAAUCUAGCAAUAUAGUGUUUUAGCUUGAGGCAAAAGUUAACCAACCUUAUUUAUCCAAUGGAAUCUGUAGGGAGAAAAAUAAAGAAAGUAGACUCUACUAUUGAUUUGUAUUCUUUAUAAGACGAUAAACUUGUUAUCUCUUUUGUUUUGUAUGUGCUCAGUCAUGUGCAGGGUGUUUUAUUCUUCUCGCAUAAUUAGAUCUCCGAAAAAGUGUCAAAUGUUAUUUGUUCAUUCUGUGUACUAUAAAGGUUGUAAUGUGACCGGUUUUGAGGUAUUUUAUGUCUGUCAUUCUUGAGAAUGUUUCACCGCAGCUAGACUACUUAUUUCUGAGAUAAGAAAACAAUUUCAUUUCUGUUCACGGUUCAGAUGUCUCAAAGUGUUUAUUUUAUUUUAUUCUUUAAUUAGACUACACAAUAUGGAUGAUGCAUGGAUGCCAUUUUGUGCCGUCCCUGCACAUUCACAACUCACAACUUAGCUAGGGAGCCACAAUCGCGUGUAAGAAUAUUUCUGCUCAGCAUGACUUAUUACUUUAUACCCUUUUAGUGAAUAAAAAUCCCUUCAACCAAAGAAGCUCUGUUCCCAUAGCAAAAGACUUGUAGCCACUGUAAUGUUUAUGCAAAUGUAUUCUUCACACUGACUUUAGCAUCUUGUACUAAUUAACAUGCUGGCUUUUCCUUCCAGAAAUUAGCAUUGUGAGACAUCAAUAAAGAUUGUAUAA